UGUCUGGGUAUGUCUUUAGUCUGGGGACUUUCGAAAGCUUGGUCAGCUAGUAGCAAUGUCAAUUGUUCAUGGAGGUCCGGGCAGGCUAUUUUUACCUAAGACAAUGUUUGAGUACAUGUAUGGGAAAGAAAUAAGAGAGCUGUCUAUUUCUCCACUUGACAUUCCUCACCACGACAUUGCCAUCAUUGCAAAAGAGCUUCAAGAGACUAGUGAUGGUCAGUUUGUUGAUGCCAUAAGCCAGGAGACUGUUCUGGAUGUGUUGACAAAUGCUGGAUGUACUUCUCUUCAUCAAGAGGACAAAGAGAGCAUUUUGCGUAUGCUCUGUCUCCAUCAUUGUCUUUUUGCAUUGAAGGGUGAAAUUGAUUAGCUGUGUGAGGGCAUGGCAAAUUUGGGAGUUUUUGAAAAAAUUAGAUCAGCGCCAGACAUGUUUGCAGGUUUUUUUCUUGGGAACAGGUGUUGAAGAAGUAACUGCUGAGUAUUUAAGAGACUUGUUUAGAAACAAGAUCUUUUCAGUAAAGGGCACCAGCGAGAGAGAAAGAGAAGAAGCUACAUUUUUAUAUUUUUUGGAUUUUCUGGACAAAUGCCAAAGUGGCAAGCUUGAUGUUACUUCGAAGGAAAUAAUGACCUUCUUUUCAGGAUCUAAUGAAGUUCCUGCUGUUAAAUUUUCUCCAGCUUCCUCUUUGCAUUUCAAUAAGGACAACUUGUAUCCAAUAGCUUCUACUUGUUCUCCGGAGUUAGUCUUACCAUCUAAGUACUACAGCCCUGAAGAUUUUAGGAAGAGCAUGACUACCGGGCUCUUGUGCCAUGGUGGAUUUGGGAAAACUAGAACUUAAGUUUAGUACCUUUAUUACCUGUGCGUGCAGCGUUUUUGACGUUUCAUUUAUAAGCAUGCAUUUAUUUAUAUGCUAUAGCAUGCUUUUCCACAAUUAUUAAGUUUUGCAGCUGUUCUAGCGUGAUAUUUAAAGCUGUUGCCUUAACCUGACGUAAAUACCUGAUGAAGCAAUUAUCUCCCUGUGUCUGCUACCUACACUGACAUUUCUGAUGAUGAGCUAGACUCAGUUAUACAGAGCUUGAUCCAAAAGUUUCCAAGUAGUGGAUAUGGUAUGAUGGAUGGUUACCUUCGAGGGCGUGGACUCCGCAUUCAGCAAGGAAGACUUAGAACUGCCAUGCAGAGGUGUAAUUCUUAUGGUGUGGUACUAUAAAGUGGUUGGGUCAUAUUCAUCCUAGAGCCUCCUACUCUAUAUAUGGUCCUCAGCCACUAUGGCAUAUAGAUGGGAAUCACAAACUUUUGGAGACUUGUUAUUCAUGCUGGUGUCGAUGGUUUUUCAAGGCUACCUGUGUAUAUUUGUUGUUCUGACAACAACAACAACAACAACAAGUCUUCCACUGUGCUGAGACUCUUUAUUGAAGCUACUACAUUUUUUGGUGUACCAUCAAGAUUUCGGUCUGAUCAAGGAGGAGGAAAUGUCGAGGUGGCACGUUACAAGUUAAUUAAUUUAAAUAAUCCUCGUCGUGGACCUGGUUGUGGGAGCAUGAUAACUGGUCGAAGUGUGCAUAAUCAGCGUAUUGAGCACCUUUGGAGAGAUGUUUUUACUUGUAUUCUUAAAUUUCUUUCAUUGUGUUCUCUUUUCACACACUUGGAAGAAUGUGAAGUUCUCAAUCCAAAUGAUGAUGUGGACUUGUUUUGCUUGCACUAUGUCUGUAUUCCUCGGAUCAACAAUCAUUUGAAGACUUGGCGCUAUGGCGGGAAUAACCACACAUUAAGUGGUCAAUCGAGAACACCCCUACAGCUCUGGACAGAGGGAACUCUAAACAUGAUUGGCAGUAAUCACACCCCUGCACAAGAAAUGUUGGUGUCUGAAGAGUUGGAUCGGGAAAGCUAUGGAAUUGACUGGGAUGGCCCAGUGGCGGAAGAGGAAUCGAAUAAUGUUGCUGUGCCAACGACUCCGCGGCCAGUGAAUGAUGAUGACUUUCAGCUGCUCCAAGCAAUGGUCAACCCAAUAACUGACAGUGACAACUAUGGUAUAGAUCUGUACAUAGCAUGUAAAGAAUUCGAUCGUGCUGGAUCAUAGAACGACCUAAGUCAAAAAUAGAAUUUGU